UACUUAGUGUUUGUGUUUGUGUGUUCUUCACUUCCCGAUCGACGACGCUCUGUUCUGCCGAUUAAUCAUACCUUACCUUCUUCAUUCCGCAGACCGAUAAACGAAAUCCGUCCCUGGUUAGAAUCCAACAUCAAAGAUCGUUGAAAUUUGUGAGAAAUGGCGCGAUAUGAUAGAGCAAUUACUGUUUUCUCGCCCGACGGUCACCUUUUCCAGGUCGAGUACGCUCUCGAAGCUGUACGUAAAGGGAACGCAGCCGUUGGUGUCCGAGGCACCGACACCAUCGUCUUAGCCGUCGAGAAGAAGUCCGCUCCAAAGCUGCAAGAUUCAAGAUCAGUGAGGAAGAUUGUCAACUUAGAUGAUCACAUUGCACUGGCCUGUGCUGGCCUGAAGGCAGAUGCACGUGUUUUAAUUAAUAGGGCACGGAUUGAAUGCCAAAGUUAUAAGCUUACAAUUGAGGAUCCUGUGACUGUUGAAUACAUAACUCGCUACAUUGCCGGGCUUCAACAGAAGUAUACACAAAGUGGUGGUGUCAGACCUUUUGGCCUUUCAACUUUGAUAAUUGGGUUUGAUCCACACACAGGAACACCAUCACUCUAUCAGACAGAUCCAUCAGGGACAUUUUCUGCAUGGAAAGCCAAUGCUACUGGUAGAAACUCAAACUCCAUACGAGAGUUUCUGGAGAAGAAUUAUAAGGAAACCUCUGGCCAGGAAACUGUGAAGUUAGCUGUUCGGGCUCUGCUGGAGGUCGUGGAGAGUGGAGGAAAGAACAUAGAAGUUGCUGUAAUGACUAAAGAGGGUGGACUGCGACAGCUUGAAGAAGCUGAAAUCGAUGCCAUUGCUGCUGAGAUUGAAGCAGAGAAAGCUGCUGCAGAAGCUGCAAAGAAGGCGCCUUCGACAAAGGAAACUUAAUCACAUGUGAUGGGCUUCUGUUAUGAUUUGGUGUUUUUAUUUCAGAUGGUUUCUGAACAUUCAUUCCCAACUUUCAAAAGGAUUAUCUCAUGUUAGGGAUUUCUUCUAUGCUUUCACUUCUGUGUUCUUCUUUCUGGAGAUUAUUUGGAGCUGCCUGCCGCAUCUGCGUUUUAUAUUAAUAGGAGAGCAUGCAUCAUUUUAUCAAAGAUUGAUACAAUAUUUUAUUAGCCCUUGUGGAAUUUAA